UUCUAAUUUUUACUUUUAUUUUUUAUGUUUUGUUAUCAUCAAAAGGCACCCAGUCCACUGUCCCCUCGAGUACAAGCCAAGCCAAAGUCCAAAAUCUCUGCAUCACGAAAACUCUCUCUGAAGAUUCUUUUGCUCCAGAGAGCCAUAGAUGAUUUAGAGCAGGAGAAGGUCAGUCGCGAUGAGGAGAAGGUGAAAUAUCUGAGCGAGAACCUUCCACCCCUUCAGAUAACCGGCCUCCCAAUAGAGGAGCUGCAGAAACUGUGUAGACAACUCCACGCCAAAAUCGAUGUGGUAGAUGAGGAGAGAUAUGACUUUGAGCACAAAGUGAUUAAAAACAACAGAGAUAUCCAUGAGUUGAAACUGAAGGUGCAGGAUUUAGGAGGAAAGUUUAAGAAACCUGCUCUGAGGAAGGUGCGUGUCUCUGCAGACGAGAUGAUGAGAGCUCUGCUGGGCUCUAAACACAAGGGCUCCAUGGACCUCAGGGCCAACCUCAAAUCUGUGAAGAAAGAGGACAUUAAACAAGAGAAGGUUAUAUCGUCAGAGGUGGGCGACUGGCGUAAAAACGUUGAGGCCAUGUCUGGAAUGGAGGGCAGGAAGAAGAUGUUUGCUGGUGGAGGACAGUAAAGAAACAGUGUAUAUAACUAAGUGUGUUUAUAACGUUUAAAUCACCACCAAUAAUAAUCACUUUCAAUCUCAAAUGAAAGCCUGUAACUUUACUAAUGUAGAAAUAAAAUGUUUACUCUUUCUGUGUUUAAUGUAUACUUUUUACCCCUUUAAGGUUAUUAAAAUGUUCAUGAUG